AUGUUGACUGCCACCACCACAACACAUCUCCCCUCGAGACGCCCCUUAAGCAAAGAUGGGCCGACCGGGAAACAAGCGAUAUGGGUCCCCAUGCUCAACAGCGCCUCCAAGGGCAAAGACAUCACCGAAAAGCAACUCAUCAUCCUCGGCGGCACCCCCGAACGGCAGCGCGAGUUUCUAGAACAAUUGAACCCUCCUAACCUACGCCCUCGAUAUGCUGCCAACGACCGAAGAAGGCAGCCCCGGACAGGAGCAGGGACAGUGACAGUACCUAUGUCAAACCGGUAUGCUCUGGGCUACACCUACUACGAUGUCCUAGAUGCAGACCAGGAAGAUGUGUUGGCACGAUUGAACGUCUACAUGCUGGCGAGCCCUAGUGCGAGUUUCGCACCAUUGCUCAAGCCGUUGUUCACUACUAAGACGGUCAAGGACAUGUUGAUCACCAUCCUGCUGGACUGGGAAGAACCGUUGAAAUGGGCCAGACAGCUGCGACAGUGGAUACGGCUGCUGAGAACAGUGAUCCUGAGCCUGGACGAGCAGACCAAGAUUGAGAUGGAGGAGACAAUGACGGCGUGGAAAGAGAAAAGGGUCGGCCCUGACGCUCCAUCCGCUCAGCCCGGUGGCAGCACCAUAAAUCCGAGCCCGGAUCAGAAGUCAAUAUCUGUAUCGGCACCACCCUUGGGGCCGGGAGAAUGGGACGAAGGACUCGGCGUUCCGUUGUCAGUGGUCUGCAUCCAGGCGGAAAAGAUUGAAGUGCUUGAACGUGAUUAUGGCUGGGGUGAAGACCAAUUCGAUUUCCUGAUGCAGUGGCUACGAUGUGUACUGCUCAAACACGGAGCAUCGUUGGUUUACACGGCGACAUUCGACCCGAACAACGUGCGAACAUUGCUCCAUUCCAGUCUAAGCAUCCACUCUCUCCUGAAACGAGAGGUUGCAAAACACAACAUUGUCGACAGAGACAAGAUUCUCGUGCCGCCGAACUGGGAUUCUUGGGGCAAGAUCCGCAUCUUGAAGGAUGGCUUUGACCCAGAAGCAGUGGCCAAUGCCUGGUCUGUGGAAAUCCAAGGCCCGCCGGAGCCGAAACAAGGCCUGUUCAACACUGUCAACACAGGUCAAGAGAGCGCCUCCCAGAACGAGACCGGCUCAGACCCUGAGUCCGCAGUGCACAUGUACGAAACGACUCUCCGCAAUCCGACCGACUACCGACCUUCCUUCCAACCACGCACGCAUGACGAGACUGUCGUCGUGCCGUCAGUCCAAGAGUUCUUGCAAACACAGUACGAAGUCCUCGAGAAACUGAAGGUCGAAGACGAGAAGGAACAAAGAAAGUCCCGGCAAGGCGGAGCUGCAGCUGGAGCUACAGGAUCCGGGGGGGUUAUAGAGAGCGCAAAUGACGCGUCAAGCGCCAAAGGGGCAGGAGCUGCCAAUCUCACAAUGGCAGAGCGCAUCGGGCCGUACCAGAUCAACGUCAACGGGAUCGACUUUGAUGCCGAAGAAGCCACCAAGCGGCUGAGGGAGCGCGAAAAUGAGCGGAACCGGAUUGCUUCUUCGGGGUCCACGUCGACAUCUACGCACGCCACCACGGGUGCAAGCGCAGGCGCAGGUUCGGGAGUCGGCACGCCCAUGCGUCGACAAGGCAGCGAAACCGGCGCAGACGGGGGGCAGCCACACACGCCGUCGUCGACGGGAGCGGGCAAGCAGAGCAAUGAUGCAGCCGCACAGUUCUUUGCGAAUCUGAUCAAGAAACAGGACAAGCGGGGUGCCGUGAGCGCCGGCGCCAGUCCGACGCGCGCUCCGGCGACCGCGAGCCCCAGCAUACGUGGUGCUCUUGGUUCAGGACCCGCAAGCUCUGUUCAGGCAGGCAGUGCGGAGGAGAGAAGGCGGGAGUCAUGA